GCCGGUGUUCGUCGCUUCACCAAGCCCACAGAAAGUCUGGAGCGUUCCCUAGAGAUGAGUCGUCACCGUGGGAAGAAGAGGACCCAGAAAAGGCCCAACUACAAGAAUGUGGGCGAGGAAGAGGAGGAAGAGCGGGGAUCAGAGGAAGGGCCAGAAGAAGAGAAGGAAAAGGCUAAAGGUACAGAGGCUAGUUCAAAGGCCAGCAGGACAAGUGGGGACAAGGAAGAAAUUGAGAUGGUGGUGAUGGAAAAAUGUAGGAUCUCUGAAGUGUCCACGUUGACUGAACAGAACAUUACAGACGAGGAGAAGAGCGCGGCACGAUCUGAAGGACAAAAGAGCAGGCCCUUCCUGGACAUGUUGUAUAAUGCACUGGACUGUGACACAGAGGAUUACCAGGCUCUGUUUGUGCUUUGUCUCCUGUAUGCCAUGUCUCACAGUAAAGGUAUAAACCUGGAGCUCUUAGAGAGGAUCCAGCUACCCAUGCCAAAUCAAGAGAGGCGCUCUUACAGUCAGGUGUUGGUGGAAAGAGCGAUCCGAAUCAUGAGCCAGGCUGCUCAGCCAGAUGGAAAGAUGCGUCUUGCCACCUUGGAGUUAAGCUGUCUGCUUCUGAAACAAUCUGUACUGUCUGGCUCUCAAUGCAUUAUAAAGGAUAUUCAUUUGGCCUGUUUGGAGGGUGCCCGAGAAGAGAGUCUUCACCUUCUGAGGCGGUUUUAUAAGGGGGAGGAGAUUUUCCUGGACAUGUUUGAGGAUGAGUACAGGAGCAUGAUGAAUAAGCCGCUAAAUGUGGAAUAUCUUAUGAUGGAUGCAUCCAUUUUACUUCCUCCCACUGGCACCCCCCUUACCGGCAUUGACUUUGUGAAGCGAUUGCCCUGUGGAGAUGUCGAGAGGACACGCAGGGCUAUACGUGUGUUCUUCAUGCUGCGCUCGCUGUCCCUACAGCUGCAGGGAGAACCAGAAACUCAACUACCUCUCACCCGACCGGAGGAUCUCAUCAAGACUGAUGAUGUGCUUGACCUCAAUAACAGUGAUCUUAUUGCUUGCAUGGUGGUGAGUAAAGAUGGUGUUCAAGCUCAGCGCUUCCUGGCUGUGGAUGUGUACCAGAUGAGUCUUGUGGAACCAGAUUCAAAACGUCUUGGCUGGGGGGUUGUCAAGUUUGCUGGCCUUUUACAGGACAUGCAGGUUUCAGGAGUAGAAGACGACAGCAGGGCUCUGAACAUCAUCAUACACAAGCCCACGUCUAACCCUCACGCCAAGCCUGUGCCCAUCCUGCAGGCUAACUUCAUUUUUGCGGACCAUAUUCGCUGCAUCAUCGCCAAACAGCGACUAGCCAAGGGCCGCAUCCAGGCCAGACGCAUGAAAAUGCAGCGGAUAGCAGCUCUAUUGGACCUUCCUGUUCAGCCUUCCACAGAGGUGCUGGGCUUCAGCCAACCGUCUGUUGCUUCAUCUCUCCCUUUUCGCUUCUAUGACCAGUCCAGACGCGGCCCAGCCUUCGCCUCUGUAGAUAAAGUUCCAGGUUUUGCAGUUGCUCACGUUGCCCAGCACAACCCCACAUCAGCCGCCUCCACCUCACCCGCCUCUUGUGGCCCCACCGGCCCCUCUGACUCUGUCACAACCAGCAGCUCAUCCACACACACCGUCACACAGAGUCAAACAGGACUCGCUCUGGCGCCUAGCCUCACCCCUGCACCGCAACCCACCAUCUCCCUACUGUCUGACAAUGAUGCUGAAACGCUGAGCGUGGACUCCCUGACCCUGCUGCCCCCCGCUGACCCGCCUUGCCUGCGCUCCUUUAGCACCCAGUCCUCCGUCCAGGAUGACGCCUCUGCAGAUGGAGAAGAGACGGUGGUUGCUGGCCGAAAGGAAGACGACGACACGGGAGCGACGGACUCACAGUCUCAAGACGACAGGAAGGAUAUUCCGAUCAUUCCAGAGGAAGAUGAGCCAUCUCCUGAGUCUAGGCCAUUGCUUAGUGCGGAAACUGAGGAUUUGACACAGAUUCAGAGGGAGGAACCUGUGACUCAGCCCGAGACAGACUCUAUAGGCGUCACGGCCGACCAAGAGGACAACCCAGACCUGGAGGAGGAGGCGGCGAUAGACUGAAAUGUCUAGUGCUACUAAAAUUAAAAACUUAAAUGUACUGAAGAAAUUAGGGCCAGGUUACAAAAGCAAGAAACGCAUGUUAAUGUUGAUUACUCAAUGUGAGCAUGACCGAUUCUGGUUUUGCACAAGCUAGUUAAGCUAGUUUGCACAUACUUUCAGCUUUGGUUAUUCAUGCCCUCAAUUGUAUCUUUGUGUAUUUGCCGACUGUGUCAACACAGCGGUUACCAGUACUUCUCCUUACAUCAAGACCAUGAUGCAUUUCAGAGGAAAAUGGCACUCUUAGAACAAUGACAUUAUUGUGUCACGAGUGCUGCUUAAAGCACAGUCUUUUUUCUGUCGUGCGUUAUUCUUUCUGCUCUGGUGCUGAGGUGAUCCAGCUGUUUCUCUGCAUGUGUGACUGUUUUGUGAUUGUGUGCGAAUGUUAGAGUGUGUGCGUGAAUGGUUUUAUGAUACUGAGCAGAUGGAGAGGAGAGGGCAUGUUUGUAUAAAUCUGUAGUGGGUUAGUGGGGAACGCCCGCUUGAUUUUACCAGUCUUAACACUGAGGAAUGUACAAAGACUUCUGGGUCUAUCCAGCGGUGCUCUUUUCUGAAGGUAUAUUUAGUUUUGGCUGAACAUUCAUUUUCACUUCAGCGUUUUGAAAAAUGCCCUUUUGUGUCAUUCUUUGGAGAUUGUAAGGAACAGAUAUGAGCUUAAAGUAACCCGUUUGAAUUCAUCACUUCAUUUAAGAUCAUUCAACUCAUGAACUCUUGCACCAUCAAGCCUUUUUGUAUAAAAACCGCUGACUCACUUAUAUCAGUCAUGUUUUUUCAUCAGGUGAACAAACCUGAUGUCAUCGAGUUUCAUUCCUAAGCGUUUAUGUCACUGCCGUACCUGCACGCAUUCGUUUUCUUUCUGGAACAUUUUGAAAUCUGCCGACGCGCAGGAUGAAUAUACCUGUUUUCAUUCACGUAGUUACUGCUUUAAGUACCACUAAAGUGGUCUCUUUGCUUUUUAAAGCUGAGGCAACUUACCCAUAUUUUUAGGUGUGUUUGAACGUUCUUUAACACUUAAUAUUCCAGAGGUCAAGAGCUUGUGCUGGACACACGUAAUCAAAGCUAGGUGUGAUGUAUUUGUGGUUUCGUUUUACUUUGGUGUGCAAUAACAGUAAUUCAAGACUCAUUUAUUUCACUUACAGAUUCAAGUAGUUGGACUACCGUCACUAAUGGACUGAAAUGGAAAAUUAAUUUUCGGUUUAUAGACUGUAGCACAUAGAAGGGAUCCAUACACUCUUGCGGUGUGGCACAGAUGCAAAUCUGUGGUAACCGUGACCGGGCGCUUUUCUUUCCGAAGAAAAGCACUCCGCUUUAAGCUUUAUCGGCAGAGUUUGUAAAAUAUUACCUUUAAAGCAAUAUGAUUAAUUCUGCAUAUAUUCGUAUUUUGAGGUUAAAUUCAUUGUCGAGGGGGGGGUUACUUCAUAGUUUGUACACAGUGUAAAGAUUUGUUUUGAUCUAAUGUUAUAAAUAAUUUACCUACUGGAGCUAUCAAAGUCAUGCAAUAAAU